CACCCUCUGUUCCAGUGAGCGAAUCCAAACCCACGCAUCUGCGUCCUGCGUUGCCAUACCUUGCAUAGGCACCAGCUCAUCGUCUUUUCGUUAGUCCCCCUCUGGUCCUCACCCUGUAGACCCACUAACGUACUCUAGAUUUACUUUCUGCCAGAGGCUGGCUUGCUGGUAACAACGCUACGGAGACUGACCCCCUGCUGAUGAGUUUGAGAUGGCUACGUCGCAUGAUGAUAAUAUAACGAAUCUGCUGCCUAGCGUCUUCAAUGGUGAAGACGGGAUGGACGUUGAGGAAUCAAUUGACACGAGAGUUCUUGAAGACUACAGAGAGGGCCUUGGUACCGACGCGACGAUUCAUUCUCGAGACGUCUGCUCGCUAAACCAGCAUGAGCUUGGUCUUUUAAACAGGAAUUCGCUGAGAAUGGGAACGGGAAUUUCACAACGCCAGAAGAGGCCGAGUCGAAAGUUUGACAUUACAAUGAAACCGUUGCCUUAUGAAGAACUGGCCAAUAGCAUGAAGGGUCCUCAUGUUCCUCCGGAGAAGGAGCGUUCGAAAAUGAAGCGACAGGGAACAGGAAGGGUGAAGAAGCGAAGACCAUUUGGCUUACGAACACCCAAUUUUGCUGACGAUGAGGAAUUUGAGGAAGAGGAUGAGGAGGUCCAUGCCGUUUUUUCGAAGAAGGAUCAGCCGUCAAGGUUUGGGGAAGAUCAAAUGCGCCUGGAGGACCUAUUGCAGAAGAAAACCGACGUCCGGGCAGGAUCUAUGGUUUGGAAUUCCUUGGUUCUAAACCCGAGUGGUCAUACUGGCAAUUCGCGUGAGCUAGCGCAAUCCACCGUGCUGGACUCAGUGACGCCUGAAGAUGGUACUCAUCUGCAUGGUUCCGAAGUCAAGAACCUGAAUGAAGCUUUUGGUGAAGAGUUUGGGACUGAACGUGUGGAAGACGGUGCAUCACCAGUUACAGAGGCUACACAAGAGGUCGAACAUGGUGAAGCUGCACAUCAGGCUGAGGCGGAGAAAUAUCAUGACGCUGAAGGCGAUAACCCAAUGAGUUGCCCGUCUCAACCUGCAGAAGCUGUCUCUGGACCCGGUGAAGCAAUGGAAGGCAUGGUACGCGAUGAUGUCUCUGGAGCUGAACAAGAUGCUGAGCUAGGCGAUGAGGAUGAGGAGUGCCACGUGGUGGAAAUCAUGUGCUCAGAACAGGCCAAUGAGAAGCCAGACGCCGCCCCUGUUCCUGCUGUUGUGGAGGUGGAAUUCACGAGUAGCGUACCUGACGCAAUCCCAACCACUCCAGUGGCACCGCAACCGCCAAGUGUUGUACGCAAAUCCGCUAUGAAAUCUGGCCGCAAAUCUGCACGCAAGUCUGUGACUAUGGCUGAUCCGCCUACUUCAUCUGAAGGGUUUGCUAUGCUGCCGUUUACUCCAGAGGCUGGUUCCUACCUGACUAAACAGAAGAAGUCUGCGGUUCAGAAGGAGAAGUUAAGGGAUUUGUGCAAUCGCCGAAGCAGCCUGGCAGGUGGGGGACUGAUUUGGGAUGGUAACAUAAGGAAAAGCACUCGUACGCGAAUGAAGCCCUUGGAGUGGUGGCGUUUGGAGGUGGUUAAUUAUGGCCGUCCUCACCAGAGCUUGCCAACUCCAGUGGAAGUCCAAGUCUGUUCACCCGAGCCUUACUGGCCUGCUGUGCCACCAGGAGGCUUGCGUAAAAGGGUUGGAGUUCGUAAGAUGGCGAUGCAGAGUUUGCGUGAGAAUACUGAUGCAAGAAUCCUGGCCAUUGAGUAAGUCUCCAGAGUGGCAUGGUCUGCCCAUCUUCUCCCAGUGGCUGCAAUGUACAGUGGUGAUUGUGUGGGUACAUAUGCCAGUCCUUGAGUCAUCCCCAGGAACCACAGCUGACCUUACAAGUACUACGUAGUAUUUUUGUGUUAGCAUAGCACUAAUUCUUUAGGUCUAGGUUCAUAGCAUGCACCGUCAAUUCUUCAUUGACAAGGAUUUGGUGGGUGUAGUAGUAAUCCCACUUCGAUGCUCAUCCAAGAGAUCUGGUAUGAAAGUCAU